GCCUCCUUUUAAUUAACAUCAUCGUACAACAAUCAACAAUGCCUCGAACACUUUCAUCGUAAGUGAUGUGAAACUCUUUACUGAAGGUGAAAGUCACAGACAUGGCGAUACUAUUAGUUGCCCUGACCUUCGUGGUCUUGCUUAUCCCAGGAUUAACCAGUUAUGGUUUUAGGAACUGCAUCCAAAGCUCUGUCAUUAUCAAUAGUUACAACUGUAUCGCUCGAGGACUGACGGAUGUUAAAAGUGCUGUAGGUGACCUUCCCAGUGAUGUAUGGUAUCUCAACAUAUCCUACAACAAUAUCCAGACUCUACACCAAGGAAGUUUUGGGCACAUGCCCUUUCUCCGUACCUUGCGCCUAAACCAUAACCAAUUACAGCGUCUUGACCCAGGAGCCUUUGAGAACUUAACAAUGCUAGAAAAACUGCACUUGUCAUCGAACAAGAUUUCUAAUCUAUCCAAAGAAGUCUUUUGUGGGCUCCAAAAUGUAUCAUGGCUAUUUCUUGAUGAUAAUCUGUUGUCCUCCAUUCAUCCUGAAGCCUUCAGCCAUCUUACAAACCUGCAAAACCUCAAUCUAUCAAUGAAUAACUUGCAUAACUUUGAAAAGGUUGUCCAGUCCAUUCACCCCUUGCAGAAACUGAAUACUCUAAUGCUGUGCAGCAACCAGAUUUCCUCCCUGAAUCAUACUCACAGACUUCCUUCUACUCUACGAUGGCUCUUCCUAUGUAAAAACCAGCUGGCAACCUUAGAUUGUCAACAGGACUUCUUCCUCAACAUUAGUUGGCUUGACUUAUCCUAUAACAAUAUUGCCACAUCUUCUUUGCAAACCAUGGAUUUGAGAAAAGUGAUAUAUUUGAAUGUAGCUUUUAAUGGCAAUUUUGACAUACUUAUAUUCAUAAAGAAUCCUACUGUACCCAUUAACAGAAUUGAUUAUUCUGGAUUAAACCUAAACAAUGACUCUAAACUGAAAACCAUGUGCCGAUACCUAAAAGGCUUUAAUAUAAACACACUCUAUCUCUCUGGAAAUAAAAUAAAAACACUGAACAGGGGCACGCUGACUGAUUGUCCACUCAAUAAAACAUUGGAUUUAUCCAGAAACCGUCUAAAGGGUCUUGGUUGUUUGGAAUUUAUGAGUAAGACAAAUGUAGAAAAUCUCAUUGUGGAGCACAACUUGUUAAAGGAGCUGAUUAACUGCAGCAAAAAAAGCCAUUUCCCACGCCUGCGCCACAUCUCUUUCCGAUACAACAGGAUAUGGAUAGUUAAAGGCAAUGCAUUUCAUUUUGCUCCCAACUUACAAACACUGUAUUUAAACAUUAACAACAUUGUGUUUCUGGAAAGGUACUCCUUCAGCGGCCUGGGAAAGCUAAGGGAGUUACGUCUAGAUAAUAAUUUGAUAACGGAUUUGUACGAAAACUCAUUUGCCAAUUUAACAGAACUUAGGAUUUUGAAUCUGCGGAACAACAGGGUGUCUGUCAUCUUCUCCAAAGUGUUUUACAACCUGGGAAAACUCACAACUCUGGACUUGGGUGGAAACAAAAUAACGCAGCUGAAGAACCAGUCAUUUUAUGGGCUACGAUCUCUGUCUAAACUGUAUCUAGACGGUAACCAGAUAAAGGAAAUCAGCAGAUAUGUCUUCUCCCAUGUGGAAUCUACACUACUUGUGUUGGACCUGAAAUCCAACCACCUGCGCUAUAACACCACCAGGGAAACAUACUCUCCCUUCCUUACCCUCUCCAAACUCUAUGAUCUAAAGCUUCAAGCUCAGCAACCAUAUGGUCUUACUGCCAUUCCACAAGGAUUCUUCAAAGGUCUUAAGUCUCUAAAAGCACUUUAUUUAGCGCAAAACAGAAUUUCCUCUCUCAGUUCUGAUGCGUUCAAUGAACUUGGCCAGUUGACCUACCUCAGUCUAGCUGAGGACUGUAAUGGCAUCCAAAGACUACCUCCGGGCAUCUUCAAGAACCUUAAAAACCUGCAAAUUCUAGACCUUGAAAAUAUCUGCCUCCAGUAUAUGAGAAUGGAAGUGUUUUCAAGCCUUACUAAUUUAAAAAGACUAUUGUUGACAAAAAAUGCAUUGACACAUAUAAAUAUAAAAGUUUUUGAGAACAUGACUCAAUUAAAAUACCUGGACCUGCGCAAAUGCCCCCUUAGCUGCACCUGCAACAACGCUGAACUGCAAAUGUGGUUUAAAAAGGGCCCUGUGCAGAUUGUCCUUCCUUAUAACCUGACGUGUCCUGCCAAUGAAAACUCAUACUUUCAUGACUUUGACACCCAUGUCUGUGAUAUGGAAAUUAAAAUAAAACUCUUUUGCUCCUCCUUUACCAGCAUUUUGCUGUUUAUCAUUAUUCCCAUUGUGUACAGCAAGUUCUACUGGAUGAUCAAAUACAAUUACUUUCUCUUUGUUGCCUGGCUACAUGAACGAUGGAAGUCAGAAAAAGAACUCUAUAAAUAUGAUGCUUUUGUCUCUUACAAUACCCAUGAUGAGGAGUGGGUAUAUAAAAUUAUGCUGCCUGUGCUAGAGACCUCGGCUCUUCGUCUGUGCCUCCACCACCGAGACUUCCAGCUUGGCAGAGACAUCAUAGACAAUAUUGUGGACAGUAUACACAACAGCCGCAAAACCAUUUGUGUUGUGAGCCGGAGCUACCUACAGAGUGAGUGGUGCUCUCUAGAGAUGCAGCUGGCCAGCUACAAACUUUUUGAUGAAAUGAGGGAUGUCCUCGUACUCAUCUUAUUAGAUAAUAUCCCAGACAGAGAGCUUUCCACUUAUCACAGGAUGAGGAAGCUAAUGCUGAAGAAAACAUAUAUUACCUGGCCAACUGAACCUGAGGCCCAGCAGUUGUUUUGGGCUAAAGUUCAAGAGGCAGUGUCAGGCAAAAGGCCCUCAGAAGGCCAUCAGGGUAUAAAAAUUGUUAAGUGGUAAGUGACCAGAAUGUAGUUCUAUAUGCUCUGCCUUCCCUUCCCAUAGUCUAUUACCCAUUCUGCUGCUACAGACACAACCUGCCUACUAUACCUGCUAUCCCACAGCCACAGUCCCUUCCCAGAGGCUAUUA